GUCUAAAUAUUGGCCCUUUCGUGAGGAGAGAAUAUCACCACUCCAAUCUAUAGGAUUUGGGGAACUCUGUGUGAAGAUAGAAGAACAUGGGUCUGAGAGAUCAGUACUGCAAUGUACAAGACAAGAAUAAUCUCUACUUUCAUGCUUCUCCAAAUUUCAUAGAAUGGCUCAAGCCAUCAUCAUCAUCAUCUUCUUCUUCUGAUGAGACUUGUCAAAACGAGGCCGUUCGGGAGACCAUCCAGUUUCUGCCCCCAUCGAAAGAUUUGGAAGUCGGAGUGGAAAAGGAGGUGUUUGGAUCAGUGAAAGAAGAGAAGGUACUGCUGGAGCAAGUUGGGGUGGCUUUGCACAUUGGGUUGCCUACUAAUUACACAGAAGAAGACAGUGAUAUGAAGAAGAAGGUUACUGAUGUUAAAGAAGAAGACGAAGAACAAGAAGAAGGCAUGAGGAUGAGGAUGAUGAAGAGAAGCUUCCAUGGAUCUUUCAACCAAGAGAGAAGGUUCUGGAUACCAACUCCUGCACAGAUCCUAAUUGGGCCGAUGCAGUUUGCUUGCUCCAUAUGCAGUAAGACCUUCAAUAGGUAUAACAACAUGCAGAUGCAUAUGUGGGGACAUGGGUCCGAAUUUAGGAAAGGACCAGACUCGCUUAGAGGAACACAACCAGCGGCAAUGCUGAGGCUACCAUGUUAUUGCUGUGCUCAUGGCUGCAAGAACAACAUCAACCACCCUAGAGCCAAGCCACUGAAGGACUUCAGAACCCUGCAGACUCACUACAAGAGAAAGCAUGGCUCCAAACCCUUCAUGUGCAGAAAAUGUGCCAAGACUUUCGCUGUGAAAGGGGAUUGGAGGACUCACGAGAAGAACUGUGGCAAGUUGUGGUAUUGCACUUGUGGUUCAGAUUUCAAGCACAAAAGGUCCCUUAAGGAUCAUAUUAGGUCUUUCGGAAAGGGCCACAAACCCCAUCCUUCUCUCGAAGGUUUUGAGAAGGACUCCGAAGAAGAUGAAGUCAUUACUCACACAUAAUCUAACACAUAAUAUAUAGCUGUGUGUUUGCUGUCAAAUUUUACACACGUGUUGAGUUCACAUUGCAGAAUUUGACAGCAAACACCUAAAUAACUUAAAUUUACUUUGAAGUCUUUGGCCUUACUGUUAUUAUGAGGCUUGUUCUUACGCUUGUGCUCAGUAACAAAAAGUUCUCUAGAAUGGAAGUGCUGAGGCAUGACCAUAGGGAGCGGUUUGCUAGGGAGCACUUGCUGGGUGAUGACGAGCUAUGUCUAGCUAGCUAGUAGGAUAUAUAGAGGUUUGCUUUGUGGUUAAUUAUAAUAAGAUGGUCAUUACCUCUUAAGUGAUGAAGUAGAUGAAUUUUCUUCCCAUAAGAACAGGAAGAAGAAGUAGUAUUUAUUAGUAACCUCUUCAAUAUGGGGAAAAUUUAUCCGCUUCAUUACCAAAUGGUGGUAAUCACCUUUUGAGGACUUUAAUUUGUUGUCAUAAUCUAUAUUAUAACUUUGUUGUAUAUUAUGGAUUUGACUUGAUUGCUAUAUGGCAUUAUGGUUUUGUUUCUGCACAGCUAA